AUGGUUGGCACUGGCCACCGCGGCCCUGAUUACUUCCCACACAGACACAGCCUGAUGAUCACUGGUGCCAUGGGAGCGGUGCGAGUCAACAGGUAGGACUGGGGAAUAGGACAAUCAGCUCAUUUUCUGCCCCUUUUUCUGCCUCUAAAAGCCUGUCCUUGUUGUCUAUUCUUGGACUAUUAGCUAUUCUUCUUGGAAUGUUAUAAAAGAAACCUGGUAUUCGCUGCUCUGUACUCAAUUUUAACUCUUCAGUCUUAAAGCUGUAAUAUGUCACCUUUUGGGCAACCCGACCAAAUUCACAUAGAAAUGUGAGUUAUAGAUCUGUCAUUCUCAUCGAAAGCAAGUCUAAGAAGCGGUAGAUAUUUUGUAUGUGAACCAUUUCUAUGCUUCCCGUUCUUAAGUUUCGUUUUUGCGUCUUUUACUUUCGGUUUUGUACACCAGCUUCAAACAGCUCAAAAUAUUAUAUUUUUGGUUAUGGAAAAUAUAUUUCACAAUGUUUUAGAUGGUACAAUUAUUCUCUACACAUUGACUGCUUGUGCAAUUUCUGCAUAGUUCACCUUUAAAGGUCCAAUGCAGCUGUUUUUAUCCCAAUAUCAAAUCAUUUCUGGGUAACCUUACUGAGAGUAAUUUCUCAAGCAACAUUUUUGCUAGGACUGUCUGGGAGUGGUCUGAGUGUGGAGGGGAAAACUGAAAACUAGCUGUUAUUGGCUGAAUGGUUUGGAACUCUCUUUCUUAUCAGCAUAUUAACUAAUUUACCGCCUAGUGAUGUUGCCAGUCAGGCCAAAACUCCAUCCAAGCAAAACACGGUGAAAUUUCAGGCGGUCUUUUCAAACAGCUCUUACACUAAAAGCGCAUUAUCAUAAUUGUCACAAUUUCACAGUAUUAUUCCAACCUCAUAGUGUGGAAAUAUUUACACUUAGUGUACAAAACAUUAAGGAAACCUGCUCUUUCCAUGACAUUGACUGACCAGGUGAAAGCUGGGGAGGAGACAGGUUAAAGAAGGAUUUUUAAGCCUGGAAACAAUUGAGACAUGGAUUGUGUAUGUGUGCCAUUCAGAGGGUGAAUGGGCAGGAACAAAUAUUUAAGUGCCUUUGAACGGGGUAUGGUAGUAGGUGCCAGGCGCACCAGUUUGUGUCAAGAACUGCAAAGCUGCUGGGUUUUUCAUGCUCAACAGUUUCCCGUGUGUAUCAUGAAUGGCCCACCACCCAAAGGACAUCCAGCCAACUUCACACAACAGUGGGAAGCAUUGGAGUCCACAUUAUCCAGCAUUCCUGUGGAGCGCUUUUCACAACUUGUAGAGGCCAUGCAACUUAAUAUUAGGAAGGUGUUCCUAAUGUUUGGUAUACUCAGAAUAUAAAACACAGGAAAGUCAUGUUUUUGACUGCACUGGGACUUUAUCUCUUAAACCUGCCAUAUCUAUCUCCUUCACCCUCCUCUCUAAACUCAUGUAUUUUUGUUGUGGUUUUUGUUUCACAUCAGAUACAGCAUCGUAGCCACCGAUGAAGACCACUUCAAGAUCUCCACCCUGGGCCUCCACAACGGCCAUGGUCCCCUGAUGCACCACACCCUGACUGGGAGGGGGAUGGGGGGCGGAGGGGGUGGUGGUGGUGGUGGUGGAGGGUCAGAAGGAGGAGGAGGAGGCGGCAGCUCAUUAGCCCUGCGAGCAACGGAGCCUGUCCACAAUGGCCGCCAGAUCUCCACGGCGGGGCCCAACCAUGUCCGGAGCCGCUUUGUGAAGAAGAACGGCCAGUGCAACGUGGUUUUCCACAACAUGGAAGACAAGACGAAACACUACCUGGCCGACAUAUUUACCACCUGCGUGGACAUCCGCUGGCGCUACAUGCUGCUCCUUUUCACCUCUACCUUCCUUCUCUCCUGGUUCGUCUUCGGUGUGGUCUUCUGGGGCGUGGCCCUGGCCCAUGGGGACUUCGACCUUCGACCCGGCCUGGGAGAGGGGCCUCUGGCCAGCUUGGAGGGAGGAGGGGUGGAGUGGAAGCCCUGCAUCCUACACGUCCAGGGCUUCGUAGGGGCUUUUCUCUUCUCCAUAGAGACCCAGACCACCAUUGGGUACGGGUUCCGCUGCGUCACAGAGGAGUGUCCGGCGGCGGUGGCUACGGUGGUGGUCCAGUCCAUUGUGGGCUGCAUCAUCGACUCCUUCAUGAUCGGAACCAUCAUGGCCAAGAUGGUUCGACCUAAGAAGCGGGCGCAGACCUUGCUGUUCUCGCACCACGCGGUCAUCUCCAUGCGGGACGGGAAGCUGUGCCUGAUGUUUCGCCUGGGGAACAUGAGGAAAAGCCACAUCGUGGAGGCCCACGUCCGGGCGCAGCUCAUCCGGCCGCACGUCACUGCUGAGGGCGAGUACCUCCCCAUGGAGCAGACGGACAUCGACGUGGGCUACGACGAGGGCCUGGACCGCCUCUUCCUGGUGUCUCCGCUGGUCGUGGUCCACGAGAUCAACGAGAACAGCCCACUGUACUGUAUGAGCAGCGCCGACCUGGCGACGGAGGACUUUGAGAUCGUGGUGAUCCUGGAGGGGAUGGUGGAGGCCACGGCCAUGACCACCCAGGCCCGCUCCUCCUACCUGGCCAGGGAGAUCCUGUGGGGCCACCGCUUCGAGCCUGUUGUCUUCGAGAAGGAGCACCGCUACCAGGUGGACUACUCCCGCUUCCACAAGACCUAUGAGGUGCCGGCUACUCCACACUGCAGCGCCAGGGAGCUCCGGGAGAUGACGGGUCGAUCCCGCUCCCCCUCGUCCGCCUCCGGCUCCAGUUCUACCCGGUCAGUGUCCCCUCUCGGCCCCAAGUCCUCCGGCCUCCACCUCUUGCCUCCGCACUCCCCCAGCGCCUUCUGCUACGAGAACGAGGUGGCCCUGUGCUGCGGGGAGGAGGAGGAGGAGGAGGGGGAGGAGGUGGGGGAGAUGGGGGUGAUGCUGGGGGGGAGGGAUGAUGGGGAGGGGGAGGAGAGGGACGUACAGCUAGACAUUUUCCAGGAGAGGUUUCAGGACCAGGUAGCGGUGGACAUGAACAUGCUGUGUGUGCUGGACAUGGACAAUCAGAUUGACAGGCUGCAGCCGGCUAUAGCUCUUGAUGCGCUGGGCUUCAGGAGGGAAUCAGGAGUGUAGUGACUGAUUCACACUAUAGAGUCAAACUGAGACAAGACAAGCCUGCGCUGGCCUGGUUACACAUCCACUAUAGUUUCUGGAACCGUGCUGGAAAGGACAUUGUGAAAGGAAAAUGUCCAAGCCAGCCAGGGCCACAGCUACAUAUGAGGACGAGGUCCAGACCUAGUUAAUUUAUUCAAAAGUUUGGGGUCACUUAGACAUUUCCUUAGAGUGUCUAGUUUGAGAAACAGACGCCUCACAGGUCCUCAACUGGCAGCUUCAUUAUAUAGUACCCGCAAAAUACCAGUCUCAACGUCAACAGUGAAGAGGCGACUCCGGGAUGCUGACCUUCUAGGCAGUGUUGCAAAGAAAGCCAUAUCUCAGACUGGCCAAUAAAAAUAAAAGAUUAAGAUGGGCAGUCUGAGAUAGGGCUUUUUCUUUGCAACUCUGCCUAGAAGGUCCCACUCCUCUUUCUAUUCUGGUUAGAGACAGUUUUAUUGCUUCUUUAAUCAGCACAACAGUUUUCAGCUGUGCUAAUAUAAUUGCAAAAGGGUUUUCUAAUGAUCAAUUAGCCUUUUACAUUUUAGUCAUUUAGCAGACACUCUUAUCCAGAGCGACUUACAGUUAGUGAGUGCAUAAUAUAUAUUUUUUCAGCUACAAUAGCCAUUUACAACAUUAACAAUGUCUACACUGUAUUUCUGAUCAAUUUGAUGUUAUUUUAAUCGACAAAAGAAUUGCUUUUCUUUCGAAAACAAGGACAUUUAUAAGUGACCCCAAACUUUUGAACGGUAGUGUAUAUUUAUGCACAAGGUUUUGAAACUUGGCUGCGCCAGUUUUCCUCUUGUUAUAUGUCACUCCCUGACAGUCACUCAAUUAGCCCAUGUCAGUAAAAAUAAAUAAAAAUAAAGGUAAAUGAGUCUAGUUAGUCUAGACUAAACUUAUAGUAAUCAUACCCGAAUGACUGACUGGGCAAGCAGGGCACAUGCCCAGGGGCCCUGACCUCCAGGGGUCCCCCAUUGAUUUUGUUAGUCACUCUCACUCAUAUAUCAUAUUAACAUGGCAUAAGUCAUGGUAAAAUGUGUAGAACUGCAGGAAAAUCGCAGAACUUUUUUGUAAUGGUUUACCAUUUGUUAAUAAAAUACUGCUAACAGAUCCCUCACUAUGUAAUAAAUUAUAGUUUUUAAUCCUGGUGUUGAGUUCAUGUGUAGCGGCUAAUUGUGCAGCUAAUAGGCUAUGCGUUUGUAGAUCGCCUGAUGUGAAUGAAGCUACAGAAACCAUAGUGAUAAUGGCUGAGGAAUUAUUUUGUUGCUCUUCUCCAAAUAGCAUUUUAGAGUUUUUUAAUUGUAUAGAAAUGCAGUAAAUGAGCGUGAACUUUUUAAAAUGUCCUCACUAACACUCAGACCCUGGCUACGGCCCUGAAGCCAGCACAGUAUGGCUUGGGUCGGCCAUGUAGUGUGAAUCAGUCAUAGAAGACUCUCAUGUCUAGUGUCCUGAAUGAACUAUGUGCCCUUGGUACACUUCCUCUUUUUGUGUAUCCAACCAAAGUCCUCGGAGAGAGAAGAAGAAAAUAAUUAGAACUGUUCUGCCGCACAACAACAAAGGAAGGUUGAAUGACCUUACUAUUUUCUUGAGUUUCUUUUUGUUUUUAAACAUAGUUGUGUUCAGUACAUGAGUCUAAAUUUGCAUUUUAUAGCGCAAUAUUUAAAUGCAUUCUUAUUGUAUUCAAUAUUCCGUUGUAUAUAUUCUCUGGAAUAAGAUUCUUUGUGAAGUGACUUUUGGUUCCAUUCAACCAAGUCUUGGUACCGUUUUUUUCAUUUACAGAUAGUCAUCAUGAGUCAUUAAUACUUUCAAAACCACAAAUGAAGUUCAUGUGGUUUUAAAAAAGUAUUUUCUGUUUGUAAAUAUAUGAUUUCCCAUGUUUAGAAACUAGGGCUGGGAUGAUACCAAUACCACAAUACUGGUUAGCAUCGUGGAAAGGAAACAAAACAUGAAGCGGAUUUCACUUCUUUAGGAAAACAUCUGUAAAGUUGGAAACAAACAUCAUUAUGUUGUCAUUCAGAGUCACAUUUAUUUAUUUUCCAAGCUAUAGCACCCAAUAGUUUACAUACAUUUUUUAAGAACCAAAGAGUUUGGUCUGCUUCGUGUUUUCAUUUUUGCCAUGGAGUAAAUAUUUCAAUACUGGUAUCAUCACAGACCUAUUAGAAACCAUGGUAAUUUUGACUUCCUGCUUAAGGUAUAUUACUGUUAAUGUUUGAUACAUGAGCUAUGUAUUCCAAAAUUUGAAAAUAUUUUAUGAUGCAAAAACAAGGAACCUGAACAGAAACUGAGUUGGAAAUAACAUGUAUUGUCCAGAUAAAGAAUAACAAGCACUUUAUUCUGUAUUUUAUCAAAAGGAAUAUCUAAAAAAAUUAACAAUUUAAUUGUAUGCUGUUUUGUAUGAAUUAAUAAAUGUCUAAUAAUAAUAAUAAACAAGCAGCAGUAGCUGUUCUGGUUGGGUUGACACACUCUGCUCUGUUCUCACACUCUUUUUUUCCCAUCAGACACCAGUCCCAAAGGUCCAAGGUCAAACUGACCCCAUGUUGAUGUCCACCUGCUUCUGACUGCUCAUUGGUUGGCCCGGUUUGGGGCAGUGUGUGUCUGUGUGUGUGGGUGUGUGGUGUGUGUAUGUGUGUGUGUGUGUGUGUGUGUGUGUGUGUGUGUGUGUGUGUGUGUGUGUGUGUGUGUGUGUGUGUGUGUGUGUGUGUGGUGUGUGGUGUGUGUGUGUGUGUGUGUGUGUGUGUGUGUGUGUGUGCGUGCGUGCGUGCGUGCGUGCGUGCGUGCGUGCGUGCGUGCGUGCGUGCGUGCGUGCGUGCGUGCGUGCGUGCGUGCGUGCGUGCGUGCGUGCGUGCGUGCGUGUGUGUGAUGUGAAGUGAAGGCAGGGGGUUGUUGUUCUCUAGCUCAGUGACUCAGAGGUAAUCCCAUACACACACCUGUCUCUCUUACGAUUCUCUCUUUCUAAACCAAAACUGGGGUAUUACCCAAAAUCUGUGUCAUACUCAAAUAGCUCAGUACAGAGAGUUUUUAUUUGGCAGGUUGUCUUUUAAAACGUCCCAGAGAGUGAGGGAGAGAGGGGCAGAUAGAAAUAGAAAGAGAUGCAGACUGGAGGAGGACAUACUAGGCCGAGGGGCAGUGGGGAGGGAGAGAGAGAGAGAGAGGGGAGAGGAGAGAGAAAGAGAGGGAAGUUCACCACUAGGAGACAGUGAAGACUGCUCCACUUCAACAGACCAAUGGAAGAGAGAGUACGGUAUACCAGCUCCCUCAUGUGGUAAAUUAUCAGAGUAAACCAUAACAUAGUUUUUUUUAAAGACUGGUCACCAAACCUUUAUUUUCUGAAGUGCUGAGGCCCACCUGAACACUUUACGUUCUCUAUAUGAUGAGUUUCAUUCCAAAACACUAUAUAUUCAUGUUCAUAAAUGUUGGUAAAUGAGCUUUUAUUGUUUAAAGAAAUGAUGAAAGAGUUUGGUGUGUCUAAUCAUGGCAUGGGAUUGUUCAAUGACAGACAUGUAUUUCUUUAAAAUCUAUCACUUGAUGGUUUCAUUUCAGAGAGACAAAUAAUCAUAUAUUUUUUUGGCAAAAUGCUAUCUAUCUGCCUCACUCUCAGAGAAGUAAGUAGUACUGCUAGGUUUUACACAGUCAAAUGUAACAAAUAACUACAUUUUUCAUAAAGAAAUUUACAAAUGAUAAAAUUUUUAAAUCAAUGUUUAAAUCAAUAAAAAUUAAAAAAAUUCAAUACAGUAAUAGGAGAUCUGUAUGUAAAACAUUUGACAUUUUAGUCAUUUAGCUCUUAUCCAGAACGACUUACUGUAAGUACAUUCAUCAUAAGAUAGCUCGGUGAGACAACCACAUAUCCCAGUCAAAUAUAAAGGAAAGGAACAUUCCAUUCCAGCUAAACAAUGGAUUUACAGUAUAGCGUUCCCAUUAUUUUAUUAAACGUGUUCUCCUGCUCUAACAAGCCACUUCCCCAUCUCUAUCGCUAUCUCUCUCUCCUUCUCACCCCUCCAUCAUUCUUUCCUUCCUCUACUAAUGUCAGUUCAAAGAGCCAUUUCCCCAUCUCUAUCGCUAUCUCUAUGCCGUCUCUCAAUUUUUCCCUCCUUCUCUCCCUCCUUCCCUCCAUCCCUCUCUACUGAUGUCGGUUAAUUAGCCACUGUGUCACACCCCCUUGUCAUCAACAUCCAUAAAAACGACCAGCUGGGUGACCUCUGGUGACCUUUCUCCAGGCUCCGUCAGUCAUAAUGGCUGACUAGAGGAUCUAGAAUCUGAGCUGUCUGGCAGGGGGCUGCUUUCAUGCUUUGUAGCCCUCCUCUGCUGCUGUUGGUUUCUGCCCUGGGGUUGUGUGGGGCUGUGUGGGGCAGUGGGGCUAGUGUUAGGGAAUAGGGGCUAGUGUGUGUGCUCAGUAGGGGACAGUAUUGGGGACUAAGUGGUGGAGGGUUGGGGGUCCUGGGGCCCAUAAUGAUCUGUUGUGUGUUGUGGAGCUGUGAACCAUUCGUUGGAGGACAGAGAGGCAUUGUGUUACAUUGGGCUGCCCACGUUGGCUACACCACUGGGAACCACCACAGGCUGUGUGUGUGUGUGUGGGGGGGGGGGGGGGGGGGGGGGGUAAGUGUGUGUAUGUGUGUGUGCGUGUGUGUUUCUUUCUGUCUGUCUGUCCGUCCGUCUGUCUGUCUGUCUGUCUGUCUGUCUGUCUGUCUAUUUGUCCAUUUGAGGCUCUGAGAUCAGGUGAGGUGUCUAGCCUGUGUGGAACACCUGUGGAUAUCCCAUGUAUCAAUGCAUGCUGCUGUAGCCAUAUGCAGAUCAUCCGUCACUGUCUCAGUGUGUGAAUACACAAGACAUAUGAAGAAUAUUGACAAUCCCCCUUUUUCUCUUUCUUUGAAAAUCCCUCUAUCUCUUUCUUCCCCCUUUCAUGUCUUCCUCCUCUCCGCCAACAACAGAGUCUUUCAUUCGGGCAUCUCAGCGGCCGCCUCAGGCCCUCAGGCCCUCUGCCGUUCGCUCAGCUUAAUUAAAUGUUCUGAGAAAAACUCAUGAUUGGAAAGUGACUUGUUUCUCUCUGUUUCCAAGCCACUCGUCUCUCUCUCUUCUCUCUCCUCUCUCAUCCCUCAGGUCAAUCUCUCUCUCUCGCCCUCUCUCUUUCUCUCCCGUCUCUCCACGCUCUUCUCUCCUCUCUCAUCCCUCAGGCCAAUUUCCCAUUGAUUUUCCCAUGCAUCUUCCUUUCACCCAUUUGAUCAGAAUCAGAAAUACAUUUUCCUGAGAAGUAAACUAAGUGUUUGCAAGUGAGUACUCUGCUGGAUGAAGCACUUUCCGUCUGUAUCCAUAGCUAUACAGCCUGGUCUCCCUUGGUCUUCUGAACUCAAUGGGACUUACAUUUACAUUUUAGUCAUUUAGCAGACGCUCUUAUCCAGAGCGACUUACAGGCGCAAUUAGGAUUAAGUGCCUUGCUCAAGGGCACAUCGACAGAUUUUUCACCUAGUCGGCUUGGGGAUUAGAACCAGCGACCUUUUGGUUACUGGCACAACGCUCUUAACCACUAAGCUACCUGCUACCUAAAUGUUACAGAAAAAGUGCAUCUGUACCAACGCCUUUUGGUUAGAAUGUCUGCCCUGAGAUCGGAAGGUUGGGAGUUCGAUCGCCGGCCGAGUCAUACCAAAGGCUGAAAAAAUGGGACCCGAUACGUCUCUGCUUGGCAGUCAGCAUUAAGGAGAUGGACUGGGGGUAAGGCCCUGCGAUAGACUAGCAUCCUGUCCAGGGGGUGUACUGGUACAUCAAGCUGCCUCACUCUACAGAAACAGGAGAUAGACUAGUGUCCUGUCCAGAGGGUGUACUGGUACAUCAAGCUGCCUCACUCUACAGAAACAGGAGAUAGACUAGCAUCCUGUCCAGGGGGUGUACUGGUACAUCAAGCUGCCUCACGCUACAGAAACAGGAGAUAGACUAGCAUCCUGUCCAGGGGGUGUACUGGUACAUCAAGCUGCCUCACUCUACAGAAACAGGAGAUAGACUAGUGUCCUGUCCAGAGGGUGUACUGGUACAUCAAGCUGCCUCACGCUACAGAAACAGGAGAUAGACUAGCAUCCUGUCCAGGGGGUGUACUGGUACAUCAAGCUGCCACUCUACAGAAACAGGAGAUAGACUAGUGUCCUGUCCAGGGGGUGUACUGGUACAUCAAGCUGCCUCACUCUACAGAAACAGGAGAUAGACUAGUAUCCUGUCCAGAGGGUGUACUGGUACAUCAAGCUGCCUCACGCUACAGAAACAGGAGAUAGACUAGUGUCCUGUCCAGGGGGUGUACUGGUACAUCAAGCUGCCUCACUCUACAGAAACAGGAGAUAAACUAGUGUCCUGUCCAGGGGUUGUACUGGUACAUCAAGAUGCCUCACGCUACAGAAACAGGAGAUAGACUCCUCUCCUAUGAGCUGUUCUGCCUCUCACAAGCAAGGCUACUUACUAUGAUCUUUAUAGAGAACAUAACUAAGUAUGUGUUGAACUCCUUUGCUCAAUAAUACAGGCAUCCACAGGAGUCCUGGGCAACCAUACAGGUGGUUAUCAGUCUAAUGAUGCUCCCCUCCACCCAAAACCAAAUGACACCCAAACUCAGCACUGUCUUAAUGAGAGGGGGGAAGGUAGGGGGAGGCCUGGGGCUGAAAGUGAUGCUGUCUGCAGCCUCACAUACCACCACCACUAUAAGCCUUAAUUGGUUAAUUUGAUCACUGCUGAUUGAGGGAGACCUCAGAUAUUAUUAUUAUGGGAGGCUGGGAUAGUAACCUGGGGUUACCCUGAUUUUGCACUACAUUACCAAAAGUAUGUGGACACCUGCUCGUCUAACAUCUCAUUCCAAAAUCAUGGGCAUUAAUAUGGAGUUGGUCCCCCAUUUGCUGCUAUAACAGCCUCCACUCUUCUGGGAAGGCUUUCUACUAGAUGUUGGAACAUUGCUGCGGGGACUUUCUUCUAUUCAGCCACAAGAGCAUUAGUGAGGUCGGGCACUGAUGUUGGGCGAUUAGGUCUUGCUCACAGUCAGAGUUCCAAUUCCUCCCAAAGGUGUUCAACGGGGUUGAGGUCAGGGCUCUGUGCAGGCCAGUCAAGUUCUUCCAUACCAAUCUCGACAAACCAUUUCUGUAUAGAUCUCGCUUUGUGCACAGGGGCAUUGUCAUUCUGAAACAGGAAAGGGCCUUCCCCAAACUGUUGCCACAAAUUUGGAAGCACAGAAUCGUCUAGAAUGUCAAUGUAUGCUGUAGCGUUAAAGAUUUCCCUUCACUGGAACUAAGUGGCCUAGCCCGAACCAUGAAAAACAGCCCCAGAACAUUAUUCCUCCUCCACCAAACUUUACAGUUGACACUAUGCAUUAGGGCAGGUAGCGUUCUCCUGGCAUCCGCCAAACCCAGAUUCGUCCAACGGACUGUCAGAUGGUGAAGCGUGAUUCAUCACUCCAGAGAACGCGUUUCCACUGCUCCAGAGUCCAAUGGCGGCGAGCUUUACACCACUCCAGCCGACGGUUGGCAUUGCGCAUGGUGAUCUUAGGCUUGUGUGGAAACAUAUUUCAUGAAGCUCCCAACGAACAGUUCUUGUGCUGACAUUGUUUCCAGAGGCAGUUUGGAAAUCGGUAGUGAGUGUUGCAACCGAGGACAGGCGUUUUUUACGCUCUACGCGCUUCAGCUCUCGGUAGUCCCGUCUGUGAGCUUGUGUGGCCUACCACUUCGCGGCUGUACCGUUGUUGCUCCUAGACAUUUCCACUUCACAAUAACAGCACUUACAGUUGACUGGGGCAGCUCUAGCAGGGCAGAAAUUUGACGAACUGACUUGUUGGAAAAGUGGCAUCCUAUGACAGUGCCACGUUGAAAGUCACUGAGCUCUUCAGUAACGCCAGUCUACAGCCAAUGUUUGUCUAUGGAGAUUGCGUGGCUGUGUGCUCGAUUUUAUACACCUGUCAGCAACGGGUGUGGCUGAAGUAGCUGAAUCCACUAAUUUGAAGGGGUGUCCACAUACCUUUGUACAAUGGGGAAAAAAAGUAUUUAGUCAGCCACCAAUUGUGCAAGUUCUCCCACUUAAAAAGAUGAGAGAGGCCUGUAAUUUUCAUCAUAGGUACACGUCAACUAUGACAGACAAAUUGAGGAAAAAUCCAAAAAUCCAGAAAAUCACAUUGUAGGAUUUUUAAUGAAUUUAUUUGCAAAUUAUGGUGGAAAAUAAGUAUUUGGUCACCUACAAACAAGCAAGAUUUCUGGCUCUCACAGACCUGUAACUUCUUCUUUAAGAGGCUCCUCUGUCCUCCACUCGUUACCUGUAUUAAUGGCACCUGUUUGAACUUGUUAUCAGUAUAAAAGACACCUGUCCACAACCUCAAACAGUCACACUCCAAACUCCACUAUGGCCAAGACCAAAGAGCUGUCAAAGGACACCAGAAACACAAUUGUAGACCUGCACCAGGCUGGGAAGACUGAAUCUGCAAUAGGUAAGCAGCUUGGUUUGAAGAAAUCAACUGUGGGAGCAAUUAUUAGGAAAUGGAAGACAUACAAGACCACUGAUAAUCUCCCUCGAUCUGGGGCUCCACGCAAGAUCUCACCCUGUGGGGUCAAAAUGAUCACAAGAACGGUGAGCAAAAAUCCCAGAACCACACGGGGGGACCUAGUGACUCAAAUCCUGCAGUGCCAGACGUGUCCCCCUGCUUAAGCCAGUACAAGUGUCCAGGCCCAUCUGAAGUUUGCUAGAGUGCAUUUGGAUGAUCCAGAAGAGGAUUGGGAGAAUGUCAUAUGGUCAGAUGAAACCAAAAUAGAACUUUUUGGUAAAAACUCAACUCGUCAUGUUUGGAGGACAAAGAAUGCUGAGUUGCAUCCAAAGAACACCAUACCUACUGUGAAGCAUGGGGGUGGAAACAUCAUGCUUUGGGGCUGUUUUUCUGCAAAGGGACCAGGACGACUGAUCCGUGUAAAGGAAAGAAUGAAUGGGGCCAUGUAUCGUGAGAUUUUGAGUGAAAACCUCCUUCCAUCAGCAAGGGCAUUGAAGAUGAAACGUGGCUGGGUCUUUCAGCAUGACAAUGAUCCCAAACACACCGCCGGGCAACGAAGGAGUGGCUUCGUAAGAAGCAUUUCAAGGUCCUGGAGUGGCCUAGCCAGUCUCCAGAUCUCAACCCCAUAGAAAAUCUUUGGAGGGAGUUGAAAGUCUGUGUUGCCCAGCGACAGCCCCAAAACAUCAUUGUUCUAGAGGAGAUCUGCAUGGAGGAAUGGGCCAAAAUACCAGCAACAGUGUGUGAAAACCUUGUGAAGACUUACAGAAAACGUUUGACCUGUGUCAUUGCCAACAAAGGGUAUAUAACAAACUAUUGAGAAACUUUUGUUAUUGACCAAAUACUUAUUUUCCACCAUAAUUUACAAAUAAAUUCAUAAAAAAUCCUACAAUGUGAUUUUCUGGAGAAAAAAAAUCUCAUUUUGUCUGUCAUAGUUGACGUGUACCUAUGAUGAAAAUUACAGGCCUCUCUCAUCUUUUUAAGUGGGAGAACUUGCACAAUUGGUGGCUGACUAAAUACUUUUUUCCCCCACUGUAUAUAUAGUGUAGUUCAUUUAUUUUUCUAUUUGAGAAAAAGCCUCACAUUUUUCGUCAAUAUUCUACUUGUCUAUUCAUCGUGUAUUUGAAUAGGGACAGAUAGAAACGCAUUGGUUUCUGUAUCUAUGGUGACAUUUUGACAAAAGGGGCAAUCUGCAGUUGUUACAUCCAUUUUUGGACUUAUAAAUUAAUGAUAUGUACCGAUUGAUUCUUGAGGAAUAUAACUUAGAAAUGCCUCAUGAGCUUAGUUCAACUGUCAUACCCCAUCAGAACCCAAAAUAUAAGCUUGUUUUACUCCAAUGUUAGUAAACAAAGUAAAUGUAAGCAAACUCUAUAUAGCCUCAAAACAUGAUUAAAACUAUCAUUUUGAUUUCGUGGAUGGUCAGUCCUUGCAUCGAUAUCAUUGUCUAUGAAUUUGAGAGUGGUUACAUUUCUCCAGCCCCAUCCCUCAGCUUUUUACCGAAACAGGGGUGGCGAGAUAGCUUUGUUAUUAUUUCAACUGCUGAUUGCCACUUUAAGUGCUCAGAAUACAAUACUAUGACAAAACAUGAAACCCAGUUCCUUCCUUGUUGGUAAUUGUGAUAUCUUUGAUUGUAAAUCAUUUCAGAUGUAGCAACACUGAGAGAUGCAUUGUAAGAAUGGCUAAGCUAAUAAAUAGUAAAUAGUCAACACCCUACACUUCUGUGUGACUAAAUGCCAUGACUAGGCCAGUGCUGACACUAUGACUGAGGGGCCACUGCCAGCUAAUCACAGACGCCAUUGUCCACCUCCACAUUAUUUUAAUACCAUAAGUUUCAACCUCCUGCUAAUGACUCAGCCCCAUCAUUCCAUCUCUCUCUCUAGUUGUCUCAUUCUACCCAUCUCCCCCAUCUCUCUUUCUCUCGUUCUUUCGUUCUCUCAUUUUCUUGAUAUCUUGUUUUCUAGUUCCAUCUCUCCAUCUCUCUCUCUCUCUCUCUCUCUCUAUAUAUAUAUAUAUAUAUAUAUCUAUCUCCCUCUCCUCUCUCUCUCUCUAUCUCCAUCUCUCUCUCUCUCCCCUCUCUACUCUCUCUAUCAUCUCUCUCUCUCUCUUCUCCCCUCUCUCUCUCUCUCUCUCUCUCUCUCUCUCUCUCUCUCUCUCUCUCUCUCUCUCUCUCUCUCUGCCUCUCUCCUCCAUCGUCUCUCGCUCCAUCUCUCCAUCUCUCUCUCUCUCUCGCCAUCCCUCCAUCACAAUUGAGGUAACUCGGGCCAGUGUAGAUACGGACCCAGGGGCGAACAAUAGGCCAUUCAUGAUGCCUUGCAAAUGCAAUGAUGAUCCUGCUCUCUCUCUCUAACCCCCCCCCCCUCCACCAGCCUCCACAGCUGCACAGGAAUGUGGUCCAACAAGUCCCCCCCCCUCCCCUCCCCUCCCCUCCACCCCUUACCCCCCCCCCCCCCCCCCCCCCAAACUUCCACCCGCACCACUAUCGCAACCGAAGCCAACCUCAACCCCCUUCCCAAAUAA